AUGGAAAAGGCGCUUGACAAGUGGUACGGCAAGUUGAAACAUGAGGCAAUCAAGAUCAAAAGACAAGCGAAAGCAGUUGCGGAGCUUGAGACACCUUUUGAGCGCAAUUUGCGCGAGGCAACCUCCAACAAGCGGUGGGGUUGCCCAAACAGUGUCCUCCAUGAGCUUGCUCUUGAUGCGCAGACCUACAAGUAUCGCCAGAAAAUCAUGACACGUGCAGUCGAGAACCUUAAUGGCAACCAAGAAAAGUGGCGCAGAAUUCUCAAGACACUUAUCAUGCUUGAGUAUUUGAUCAAAAAUGGUGGGGAGAACAUCGCAGACGAACUGCGGGGAGAGCAGCUCAUGUUCCGGCGCUUGGCCAACUUCCAGUGUCGAGAGGAUGGCACGGACAGAGGCAGUGGGGUUCGUGAAAAAGCUGAUACGUUGGUCAAGCUGCUUAAUGACAAGGAAUUUCUAAAAUCGGAGAGGGAGCAGGCCAAGCUGCACCAUACCAAGCUGACUGGAGCUGGACCUACUGCAAUCGGAGGAGGUCGAAAAAGUCCAUCGCAAGCAGCCUCCAGCAGCGCUUCUUCUGUUCUCAGCAGUGCGCUGAAUGAAGCCAUGAACGAGUUCCGACCCGGCGUGGGCGACUCUCGCAGCUUGUCUGCGUCUCAGGCCGCUGACCUGGAACGGCGCUUCAAUAGGCUGAAGGAGGAGCAGAUGGCAGAGAGAGCUGCGCGAGAGAAUGUCAACAGAUUCGAGGAUGGGAAAAAUUCGCCUUCACCAAGAAGGGAUGAGGAAGAUGCUCGCCCCAAGGAAGACAAAUAUGGACUGUUUGAUCCGAGCUUUGCUUUGCAGCAGGACAACGACUCUGACUCUGACAGAAGUGUUGGAAGAGGUUCUGGCAGCAAGGCUCCCCCUUCAAACAUUGACCUACUGGAUAUGGAUGCUGAGGAGCCAGCCAGAACCGCGCCGGCUGCACAGACAGUUGGUGAAGACUGGGCUGACUUCUGCACCCCUGCGACAUCUUCCACUCCGGUGCCGCGUUUUGAAGGACCACCUUCUCGGAUGCAGCCCACGAGCACCGGAUCCAACGAUCUGAUGGAUCUCGUCGAUGCGCCGUCCAAUCCGCCACCUGGUCAGGAUUUCACGGCUUUUGAUUCCUCCGACAACUUCUUUGAAGCUGACUUCAAGUCGGCGCAGCCCAGUGCGAUGUUCGAGGCCAACUGGACGUCAGGUCAAGCGAGUGGGGACGUGCAGGCUGUGGAUAGAAGUCACAUGCCGUCUGGAUAUGUGCAACCUCCACAGCCGGCCUACACUGCUGGAGGAGGUCCUUCUUUCUCAGGCACAUUCCUGGAUGGCAUGGACGUGGGGACAGAUAUGUGCAGCCUGAACAUCUCUGGAAAGGCUCCUGAAGGGAAACCGCAGAGUUCUGGACAAGCACUUCAGGAGCUGGACGCCUUCCAAUUCGGAACCUAA